GGAGAUUUCAGAUGUAUUGGCCCUGCAGGGUGCAGCGGUUAAUGCGCAGCGGCCGUGGGACCCGGAAGGUGAGCGUGCAGAGCGUGGCUCCAGUUCAGGUCGCGACCGAGACCCGGGAAGAUGGAGAAGCACCGGGCACGCGCUCUCGGCCGGGACAGCAAGGCGUCGCGGAGGAAGGGCCUGCCGUCCGUGCCGCCCGCAGGCUCCCUCGAACCCGGGGAGAAGCGCCCCAAGUUGCAUUUAAAUAUUAGAACCCUGACAGAUGAUAUGCUGGACAAAUUCGCCAGCAUAAGAAUUCCAGGGAGCAAGAAAGAGAGACCUCCCCUUCCCCACAUGAAGACUGUGUCUGGAAUCAGUGACUGCUCGUCAGUGUCUUCAGAGUCAAUGGAAAACAAUCCCAAGUCGCUGUCAGAGAGUGAAGUCUUGAAACUUUUUGAGAAGAUGAUGGAAGAUAUGAAUUUAAAUGAAGAUAAAAAGGCACCAUUGCGGGAAAAAGACUUCAGUAUCAAAAAAGAAAUGGUGAUGCAGUACAUUAAUACUGCUUCUAAGACAGGAAGUCUUAGAAGUAGCCGACAGAUCUCACCUCAGGAAUUUAUCCAUGAGCUGAAAAUGGGAUACACAGAUGAGAGACUUUUCACGUAUCUGGAGUCACUCCGAGUGUCAUUGACCAGUAAUCCUGUGAGUUGGGUGCAAAGCUUUGGACACGAGGGACUUGGAUUAUUGCUGGACAUUUUGGAAAAACUAAUUAAUGGGCAAAUCCAAGAAAAAGUUGUGAAGAAGACUCAGCACAAAGUCAUCCAGUGUCUGCGAGCCCUGAUGAACACACAGUAUGGCUUAGAAAGGAUUAUGAGUGACGAGCGGAGUCUUUCCUUGUUGGCAAAAGCCAUGGAUCCCAAGCAGCCCAGUAUGAUGGCAGACGUGGUGAAGCUCCUUUCUGCAGUGUGCAUUGUCGGGGAGGAAAGCAUCCUUGAAGAAGUGUUAGAAGCCUUGACUUCAGCUGGAGAAGAAAGAAAAAUUGACAGAUUUUUUUCCAUUGUUGAAGGCCUCCGGCAUAAUUCAGUGCAACUGCAAGUAGCUUGUAUGCAGCUCAUAAAUGCCCUUGUUACAUCUCCUGAUGAUUUGGACUUCAGGCUUCACCUCAGAAAUGAAUUUAUGCGUUGUGGAUUGAAAGAGAUAUUGCCAAAUUUAAAGGGAAUUAAGAAUGAUGGCCUGGAUAUACAACUUAAAGUCUUUGAUGAACACAAAGAAGAAGAUUUGAGCGAGUUCUCCCAUCGCCUUGAAGACAUUAGAGCUGAACUUGAUGAAGCAUCUGAUGUUUACAGCAUGGUAUGGGACACAGUUAAGGAAACUCGAGCAGAGGGACAUUUUGUUUCUAUUCUUCAGCAUCUCCUGCUCAUUCGAAAUGAUCGUUUUAUAAGACAGCAGUACUUCAAAUUAAUUGACGAGUGUGUGUCACAGAUUGUAUUACAUAGGGAUGGAACGGACCCUGACUUCACAUACAGAAAAAGAUUAGAUUUGGACUUAAGUCAGUUUGUAGAUGUUUGCAUAGACCAGGCAAAACUAGAAGAGUGGGAAGAGAAAGCUUCAGACCAUUGCAAGAAAUUUGAAAAAGAGUGUACUGACCACCAAGAAACCCAGGCUCAACUGCAGAAAAAAGAGGCAAAGAUUAAUGAGCUUCAAGCAGAGUUACAAGCUUUUAAAUCCCAGUUUGGUGCCUUGCCACCUGGUACAAAAAUUCCUUUGCAACCUUCAGCAGAAGGAGAAGCUGGCUCUUCACCCCUUCCUCCUGCUCCACCAGCUCUCAGUGGAGGGGUCCCACCUCCCCCACCACCCCCUCCUCCACCACCUCCACCACUUCCAGGAAUGGCAAUGCCUUUUGGUGGCCCCAUACCACCACCACCUCCCCUAGGAUUUCUCGGUGGGCAAAACUCUGUUCCAUUAAACCUGCCAUUUGGGUUGAAACCAAAGAAAGAAUUUAAACCUGAAAUCACCAUGAGAAGAUUGAAUUGGUUAAAGAUCGGACCAAAUGAAAUGUCUGAGAACUGUUUCUGGAUAAAAGUAAAUGAAAAUAAGUAUGAAAAUAGGGAUUUGCUUUGUAGACUUGAGAACACAUUUUGUUGCCAAGAAAAAGAGAAAAGGAAUAUAAAUGACUUUGAUGAGAAGAAAGUUAUUAAGAAGAAAAUGAAAGAACUUAAAUUUCUAGAUCCUAAAAUUGCUCAGAACCUUUCAAUCUUCCUGAGUUCCUUUCGGGUCCCAUAUGAGAAAAUCAGGAUGAUGAUAUUGGAAGUGGAUGAAACACAGUUGUCAGAGUCCAUGAUUCAGAACUUAAUAAAGCACCUUCCUGAUGAAGAGCAGUUGAAGUCACUGUCCCAGUUCAGAAGUGACUAUAACAGUUUGUGUGAGCCUGAGCAAUUCGCUGUUGUGAUGAGCAAUGUGAAGAGACUCCGGCCACGGCUCAGUGCUAUUCUCUUUAAGCUUCAAUUUGAAGAGCAGGUGAACAACAUCAAACCUGACAUCAUGGCUGUCAGCACCGCCUGCGAAGAGAUCAAGAAGAGCAAAAGCUUUAGCAAGUUGCUGGAACUUGUGUUGCUAAUGGGAAACUACAUGAAUGCUGGCUCCCGGAAUGCUCAAACCUUCGGAUUUGACCUUAGUUCUCUCUGUAAACUAAAGGACACAAAAUCUGCAGAUCAGAAAACAACACUCCUCCAUUUCCUGGUAGAAGUAUGUGAAGAAAAGCAUCCAGACAUCCUUCACUUUGUGGAUGAUUUGGCACAUUUAGACAAAGCUAGUAGAGUCUCUGCAGAAAUGCUGGAAAAGAACUUGAAGCAGAUGGGAAGGCAGCUCCAACAGCUUGAAAAGACUUUGGAAACCUUUCCCCCUCCUGAGGACGUGCAUGACAAGUUUGCGAUAAAGAUGUCCAGCUUCGUUAUCAGUGCGAAAGAGCAGUAUGAGAAACUCUCCACGCUGCUGGACAACAUGACACAAUUGUACCAGAGUGUAAUGUGCUACUAUGCUGUGGACACGAAGAAGGUCUCCGUGGAAGAGCUUUUUAAUGACCUGACCAACUUCAGAACUUCAUUCAUGCUAGCAUUAAAGGAAAACAUCAAAAAACGAGAAGCAGUGGAAAAGGACAAACGUGCCAGGAUAGCGAAAGAGCGCGCAGAGAAAGAAAGACUUGAACGCCAGCAAGAGAAAAAGCGCUUAUUAGAAAUGAAAACUGAGGGUGAUGAGACAGGAGUGAUGGAUAGUCUGCUGGAGGCCUUGCAGUCAGGGGCUGCCUUCCGCGACAGAAGAAAAAGGACUCCAAAGCUGAAAGAUAUUCGGCAGAGUCUCAGUCCAAUGUCUCAGAGACCUGUUCUCAAAGUUUGUAACCAUGACAUGGAGAAGUAUCUUCCCGACAGACAGACAGAGCCCUGCCAGAUCAAGGAAACUUCCAUCCACAUCCAUCUAGAAAAUCAGAAAAUGCAGUUGACAGAAGGGUCACGUCUACACCACAGUAUCAAUUGCAACUCCACCAGGACUCCAGUCGCCAAGGAGCUUAAUUAUAAUCUAGACACUCAUACGUCUACAGGGAGGAUCAAGGCAGUUGAGAAGGAAGCCUGUAAUGCAGAAAGCAACAGAAAAAAGGAAAUGGAACUUCUUGGCUCUGUUUCUAAAAGCGAAUCAGUUCCUGAAGUUGAAGCCCUGCUGGCAAGAUUACGAGCUUUAUAAAUGAAACUGGUUAAAAAAAAAAAAAUGAUUAAGCCAAACACCAAGCCAUGCUUUCAGCUCUAACACUUGAAAAGUUACCUUUAUGUAAGUGACUUUAUAUAGUUCUAAAUUAUGAUAUAUAUUAGAAAAAGUAAAGCUAAAUACAUGAUUGCAAUACUUUUCCUAUAUGCUUAAAGUUUUUGUGUUAUUCAAGAUUGUAAUGGGCUUUAAUGCUUUUAUCUUUGUCUUCUGGUAUUCAUUUAUUCUGUAUUUGCCAAUUAAAUUAUACAUGUUGCUUUAGAGAGCAAGGAAGCAGCCAUGUGUUCAACUGUGUCCUUAAGAAAAUGAAACCUUUCUAAGUAAUUUUUACCACUUCAACAUUAAUGAAAGAGCAUCAGGCUGAAGACUUGGUGUCUGUCCCUAUGUAUUUCAACUUUGCUAUCUGAAUAGACCCAAAUGCUUCCAAUACAGCAUCAGAAACAUGUAAGUGUGUGCUUGCGAGCCGUAAUGACCAGUGUUGGCUCACAUUAACUAACACUGGAAGACACUUCCAAAAAAACAAUGCAGUAAGAAUGUUUGCACUUUAAUUUGCAAAACAUACAGGCAUUUUGCAAAGUAGGAAUAUAUAUAGCACCGCAGAACUACCUUGGUCUUAGCCAAGGGGACACUUUACCCUCAGUAUUAUGGCUUUGAACUAAAGUUACCAUUCAGAAAUUUCCCAAGGAAUAUAUUUUUUUUUAUUUUUGACAAACAGGAUUUCAUUUUUUUUAAGCUGACAAUCAGUAACUGUGACAAUGAUCUGAUGUUCCUUUCAAGGACAGAUUCCAUAUGCAAAUGUUUCAGUUGUACCUCACUUGGCACCAUUCCUUUGUUAUUUCCUUAUCAAAAAUAAAUAAAUAAACUUGCUUCUUG